AACAAACAUGUCUGUCAAUGUAGUAAAGGAAACUCCAUGGUGUCAUAGCGUAUUUUUAAUUUGUGCAUUUCCGUUUUAUAUUAGACAUAUUAGCAUCUAUGGGACGUUUACAUAAAAUAUCACCAUAACUUCCUUCGCUAUACGCACCUCACGCGCCCGAGCUUACAGAAAUACUUGCGUUUCAGUAUUUACACUCCUUUUCACGACAAAAUAAUGGCCGAUGAAACUAAACUAAACGCACUAAAGAGCUCUGAACCCUCUAUGAACCGACACAAGCCAGCAUCAAAGACAACUCAGGACAUUUCUCAUCUCCUGGCCAGCAUAUUCAGCGACCUUUACACCAUAGAGGUGAUUGGGAAGGACACUGUUUCUAAUCUCAGUAAAUCUCGCAGAGGAGGCAACAACUACCACGAGAAAUAUGUGGAGGAGCUACAACAGGUGCAUUCUGAAUACAACAGACGGAUUCAGAACGCAGAUAUGCUGGAGACACACAUCAUACAGGGCCGUCUGCAAGCUGCUGCAAAAGAGGAGCAUGAUCACAACAAAAUCAUGGAAGAAGUGGGUGAGGCCUACCAUCAGCUGGGCCUCCCCCCAGUUAAAUCAGCCUUCAAGUGGUGUGUGGACAGUGAGCUUCUCAGAAGCAACAACUUGAUUUGUCCACUGGAUUAUACAACAGUCCACACCCCAAUUGUUAAAAUCCCAAAAGGCAAGUUCACUCCAGGCUUUGCCCAGCCAACUAUCUCCUAUAAUAUGCACAUCAGCACCGAACCACAGGAUGAUGGUUACACUCCUCUCCCCCCACCCGCACAAACGGCCCAGAGCCUGCUGGAACUAUCAGAGGAGACACUUACGCUCCCUUCCUCUCCAGAGUCCAGCUCCAUCAAGGGCACUGAGCUAGGUGUGGAGCAUAAGGCCUCUUGGAUGGAGAAGCCCAGUGCUCGGAGUCAGGCAGAAGACAGGGCUUCCCUGCAGCAGCACAAAGACCGGCAUAAGUUCCUGCGCAACCCUCGCUUCCUGCUUCCAAAUGCCCAGCGUGGGGGAAAGUCUCUCAUCAUGCCAGGGAAGAGGCCGGAGAAUGUGGGAAAGGGCAGGAAGAAGACUGUCAAAGAGAGUCCUGAGGGUCCCGCUCCCAUCUUCACUGCAAAUCCACCUGUGAUCUUCUUCACUGACUACAGAGUAGGACAUGUCUAUGAGACUGCGGUGGAACUCAAAAACAUGACUGCGACCAGCCGUCACAUUCGAAUGAUUCCUCCAACCUCGCCACACUUCUCUGUUGGUUUGGGCAGAUUCCCUGGUGAGGGAGGGAUUGUCGCUCCUGGAAUGAGCUGCCAGUAUAUGGUGCGUUUUGCUCCAGACUCUCUGGCUGACUAUGAGGACGCUCUAGUUGUGGAGACGCAGUUGCCGUAUCCUCUCAUUAUACCGAUAGAGGCCCGAAGACCCCCUCCAAUACUCACUUUGCCUGCUGUCAUAGACUGUGGUUACUGCCUGGCGGGAGGGGUGAAGUUUAUGGAGGUGUUGUGUCGGAAUGAAGGGCUGAGUGCUGGAACAUUCUGUGUAAUGCCUAAGAAACAGUGGCCUGCCUCAAGCCUCAGGUCUGCAGUGAAGUCUACUUUCGCAGAACAGCCUCCCUUUGCCAUCAGUCCUUGUAUUUUUGGUCUUCUCCCUGGACAGGCCACUGUCAUUGAGGUUGUGUUUUACCCCACAACUGCUGAGAUCAUUUCUCAGGACUUCACCAUUGUCUGUGACAACUGUCAAGUGAAGGACAUCACCCUCCAAGGCACAGGUCAGCUGGUCACUGUGGAGCUGGUUUCAGUAUCAGGUGGAGAGGAUCAGCCUGAGUUUGGGGAGUUGUGUGAUAUCACAGCUGACCAUUUUGUCAGAUUCAACCCAACCAAUACACAUUCCACCUUGCAGAAGACGGUGGUCAUAAAAAACAAUGCACACUUGGAGCUCCCAUACCACUGGCAGAUAAUGAAGCCCAACCUUCAAUGUUUGUUGCCUGGAGAGGCUCUAAACCCUUCCAGCAUUCAGCAUCAUCUUGAUCCAGACAGUGUGUUCAGCAUCAGUCCAGUUAUGGGCAUCCUGACCCCUGCACAGGAACAUGAGUUCCUGCUUACAUACUGUCCCAAGGAUCUGAAAGAGUACCACAGCGUCUGCCGCUUGGUGAUCAUGGAUGUUCCUAAUCCACCCAGAAUCAGUGAUAAUGGGACAUGUCUCGACACAGCUCUCCAGGUAAAUGAUGUGACCGUUUUAGAGCUUGAAGUGAAAGGUUCUGCUGAGCCGUAUAAGAUCCUUCUUGAGCCGUAUGCUGUUUUAAUACCAGGCGAAACAUACAUACACAACACAAUCCGCAGGACAUUCAAGAUGUGGAAUCACAGCAAAUCAGUCAUUCACUUUGAAUGGGAGCGUAUUGUUGACUGUCACGUCAUUGAAGUGGAGCCCUCAACAGGAGAAAUAGAGAUAAAUGAGUGUCUUGACAUGGAGCUGGUUCUGACCGGAAGGAAUCCUGGUCAUUUUACCUCCACCCUGCAGUGUCACAUUCAGCACCAUCCUAAAACUGUAGGACUGGCCAUUGAGGUCACAUUUAAGGGUCCGCAUUGCUCAGUGAAUGUGCCCAGUCUGGAUUUUGGUUUGCUGGAAAUGGGAAAUGAGAGCACCUCUACCAUCCAUAUCACCAACAACAGCCUGGUAGAUGCCCCCUGGAGCCUAGAAGAACUGUCCCACACCCAGCCGCCCAUCAAGGGAUUGGUGUAUAUCAAUCCAAAUAAAGGUGUGCUGCCUCCGCUGGCAUCCUGCAGUGUGGAUGUGGUCUUCAGAGCCCUGUACUGUCUUUGUUUUGAGUCAGUCCUACUGCUUUCUGUGCUCAACGGCACUGGAUGUCACCUCUCUGUACGGGCGGUCGUCCAGUCUCCUCAGGUGUGCUUGCUGAGCUGCGAGCGUUUUGCUGAUCUGUAUGUAGGUGUUCCACAGACAGGCAGCGUUACCCUGUUUAACCAAACACUACUGCCAGCCCACUUCACCUGGGGCAAGCUCCAAGGUGAACAAGCUCUUCUCUGCUCUGCAAACUUCAAUCCCUCUGCAGGCACUUUGGAGCCCAAUGCUAAAACAGAAGUCACUGUAUCAUUCACCGCCCACACUGUUGAGGAACUGACUGAAGUGGCUGCGGUUUGUGAAGUAAAAGGAAUGGAGAGUCCAUUAUUACUGGGCUUUUCUUCUAAAGCCAAACCUCUCAGAGUGUCAUACUCACUGCCUUCUGACUGCAUUACUUCAAGUGAUGACAAUCACCAACCAAUCACACUGGACUUUGCUGAGCAUGAACCAGUCAUCAUUGGCAAAUCAGUCAAACGGCAGUUGCUGAUAAAUAAUCACACUGCUAUACCUGCUCCGUUCACUGUCGAGGCAGAGUACUUUACUGGAUACUGUCCUUCACAAUCGGAUGAAAACUCUGAAAGAAGCAGUGCACCUCUCCACUCCGUCCAGGCCAAAAAAAUACAGCAGAAAGCAUAUGAUGAAUUUGUGAACUGUCUGCUUUCCCAUGGAAGAGGUGCAGCGUUCUUUGUUAAACCAAACAGUGGAAUGCUCGGCCCAUUUGAGAGUCAAACCAUCAAUAUCACUGCUUUCACCAAUAUGUGGGGAGAUUAUCAGGACAAUCUUAUAUGCAAGGUUGGAGAUCUAGAUCCAACUCCCAUUCCUAUCCAGAUGUCUGUGAGGGGCUGCCCUAUUUACUUUCAGAUGAUUGGACCACAGCCUGACAAUCAGAACCAGGGUCCGAUUAUAAGAUUUGGAAGCCAUGUUUCUGGAGGAGACACUGUGUCACGCUCUUUACGGCUCAUUAACACCAGUCCGUUUGAUAUCCGUUUGGAUUGGGUGACCUACAACUUAGAGGUUGGCGAUUGUAAGUUGAUAGAUCUCUUGGUUGCAUGUGGUGAGCCCUUUCCCCUGAAGGAUGCAGAUGGGAAUGAGGUUGUUGGAGGGCUGGACUCAUCCGUCAUGUUCCCGCCCACAUGGAAUGACAACAACACCCCCAGCAGAGAAGGAACAAGCUCGACAUUCAUGACCAAAUCUGAUGAUUUUGGAGAGAGUGAGGAAGAAUGUGAUGGAGAGGAAGGCAGUGAGGCUUCUGUGUCUCUGGCUCCAGUGAAGAAGCUGUUCUCUGUGUUUCUGAAGCCUCAUGAAGGGAAUGUCUCUGACUACCCAUACUGCAUCACUCCACAGCAAACUGUAGUUCCAGCAGGGGGCAGUAGCACCAUUCACGUGUCUUUCACUCCUCUGAUCCUGUCAUGUUCAGCCAAUCAAAGAUGUUUGGGUUAUGCUUUGGGUUUCAUGACUCUGGACUCUAAGCUUGCGUCACUGACUCCAGGCAAAGUAGAGAGAACCCAGGGCUAUGAACUACAACCUCUAAGGCUGGACAUGCAGGCGAAUGUAAAACCUGCCAUUUUGUCAGUGCAGAUGGCAGAGGAUUCAGAGGUACUGGAAUUCACUGCAGCUGCCAGUGAUACACUAGAGAAGGAAUCCAUGAUCUCUCGGACAUUCCAGCUGAAGAACAAUACCGAUAUGGCCUUGAGUUUCAGAAUGAGUACACCCCCCCCAUUCUCAGUGCUGCGGCCCCGACAGACCCAUAAAAUGAUCGGCAACUCACCCUCUCACAGACACACACAAGGACUCUCUGGGCCAGGAGAUGAGCAAACAUCGCUUCUGUUACAGCCUAAACACAUAAUGCAGGUUAAGGUGGCUUUCCAUAAUUCAGCUUCGCUUCUGACCUGUCUAAAUGAAUCAUGUGAGGAAUCAGAUGCUCAGCUCUCUGCUACCCUUCUGUGCAGUGAUGUUGGAGAAAGGACACUACAGUUUCAGCAAAGUUUGACCAUUCAAUACAGCAAUAACAGUGAACAGACAGUGUCCCUUCGUGCUCAUCUGGCAUUACCAACACUGCACCUGUCUAGUGCCACUGUGGAUUUUGGCACCUGCUAUGUUGGACAAACAAAUAUCAAAGAGGUCUACCUCUACAACAGAGGUGGCUCCUGUAGCUACUGGACCGCACUUACAGAUGCUGAAGGUGAUAAUGAAGUGUUCAGGGUGAGUCCAGAUUCUGGUGUGUUGAAACCUCUUGGGAAUCCACCGUCCUGUAAACAGCUGUUGCAGAUCAGCUUCACUGCAAGUGAGCAGAAAGAGUUCCGGACAAUCAUCACAGUGCAGGGGGUUCUUGGAGAGACGCCACUUGUUCUUAAAGUUAUUGGAAGUGGAUCAUUUGAUGAGAGUUUUGUAUCUCCAAUAUCUGACACCUGACAAUACAACACCGAGUUCCACAUAUAAGACCAAAAAACAGAAAAAUACCUUUCUGUAGAGACAUUCAAGUUUGAUUAGAAACUGAUCUCAGUAUACUUAAAAUGUUGCAUUUGUGAAAUAUUUAUUCUUUUAAUUAUAAAAAAGAUUAAAGAACAUAAGAAAUUUCA